AUGGGAGAAUUCACCAUGUUGCGAUCAAUGUUAAACAUAUUAAAUAGUAAUAAUAAAAAAAAAAAAGCUGUUAUAGAAUCAUUACUUAUUCUAUUAGAUACUUAUGAUAUAUAUGGAGAAUUUGAUUUAUUUAGUUUGAUUGUGACUAGUACACACAAUUUAUGCUUUGACAUUUUUAAUCCUCAAUGUGAAAAUUCAAUUUGGAAAGAUUCAGAUGUUUCAUUAGAUAAUUUAAAAUCACUGUUAAUUUAUUUCAUUGAUAUAAUUGAAAAACACAGUAGGGAAGAUAUUAUUAAAUUAUUCCAACAUUGUAUAGAAUUAACAAACAAAAUUGAUUUUAAAAAUUGUUCCCAUCAACAAAUUAGCAAUAUCGGAUUUUGUAUGCAAAAAUUGUAUAGCAUUGUAUAUACUAUAGAAAAAGGUGAUUGUACACAUCUUAACCACUUAAGAAAUACAUUAAUAAAUGUACUUAAUGAACCAUUUUUAAAUAAAAACAAAUUAGAUGCUGUGUUAAUGUUUUUAAGCAAUAUUGUGUCUAUUAAUUAUAUGCCAACACUAUGGGAAAAAACUAAAUCGUUGAUUAAAACUCAUCCUAAUCGUUUAAUAAGUUUACUAUUCAACUUGCAAUGUUUAUUAUUUGAUUGUUUGUGCGUUGAUGUUAUAUUGAAUGAUGAUGAUUUUUGGAAUCUGUUGUGUAAUUUAUUGAAUUGUGAAAACAAUCUUAUUAGAACUUACAAUAAUGUAAUUCUUAAACUAUCAUGUUCUCAAUUAUUAAAUGAAAAUAUCAAUUAUUGUCCUAGCAAAAACAGGGAACAAUGCGUUAAAUUAUGGAAUGAUUAUGUGGUUGUAAUGGAAACUCUAGAAAAUUCUCAACAGCAUUUAACAUUACCAAUUUUAAGUACUGCUACAAGUCUUGUAUCUAAGAAAAAUAAAGAUGAUAGCGAUGACUAUAAAUUGCCUUUAGAAUGGAUUACAGCAAUGUAUUAUAAAAUGUCUAAGCAUAGUUCUAAAUACGUUGUUUUAGCUAGUAUAGAUAUAAUCACAAACAUGCCAAUUGUAUCAUUAAAAAAAAAUAAACUAUUAUUACAAUCAUUUCUUGAUUCAUUAAACAAUGUAUUUUUAUAUAAAAUGUCUAGUGAAAUUAAUGUUGAGCAACCUCAAUUGGAAUUAAUACUUACAUUGUGGUUUAACAAAUUAUUGAUGUCAAAUGAUGGUCAUGAUAUAUUUUGUAUAUUUUUGUCAUACAUACCAACUAUUAAGUGGACAAUUGUACCAUUAAUUUUUUUGACAAAAUCGUUGAGCGAUAUAUCAUUAAAUUCCCCUUUUGGAUUCAAUAUUGUUAAAUAUGUGCUUAACAUAAAGUCUGCAAUAGACGAAAUGCCAAAAUCAUAUUUAAAGACUGUAGUAUUAUCAUUUUUGUUUAUAUUUAAUAGUAAAUUUUUUGCUGAAAUUAAUACUGAAUUUAAUUGUGAUUUAUUUGAUUGUAUAAUCAUGAUACAUCAUGAAAAUACAAAAUCUUGGAAUUAUCUAACUAAUUCAGUCAAAAAAGUAAAUGAUUUGGAUCAUUUAGACAAGCAAUUAACACAACAUAUAAUUGAAAACAAUAAAAUGUAUUCAACAUCCAUUGGAUUGUUGAUUUUAUCCAAUAUUUGUGUUGCUCAUCCAGUUAGCAUUAAAAUGUUGGAUAAAACUUGUUCCAAUACAAUAGAUUUAUUGGAUAGAUUACACUUUUUGGAACAUUUAUUACAAGUAGAAAGUCAUUUUGGUAGAUCCAAUACUUAUGUAAGUGAAAUUCUAGAUAAACAUAUUUGGCCACUAACAACAAUUUGGGUUGAAAAAUGUUUAGAGAACAAAAAAGAAUACGCUUGUGAAGAUUCAGUUAUUUGUAGUUUUCUCGAUAAAGUAUUAUCUUCAAACAGAAUAAUAAAUACAAACAAGAUUAUAAACAAUUGGCUAAUAAAAUGUAAAGCUUCUAUGGAACAUAAAGGCAAUUAUUAUGUUUUAGCAGUUUAUAGCUGGAUUGGAAAAUAUGCAACAAGAACUUCAACUGAGCACAAAUUAAAGAUUGAUUGGAUGUCAUUUACUAAAUAUUUUAUUAAGUCAGGUUAUUUUUCUCUUAGAAAUCAAGGUUUUUAUCAUUCAAGAAAACCAGGAUUGCAUAAAAUUCCAUUAUUGGAUAUAAUUGAUACAUUUUUCCAGUAUUCUACUGUGAAUUCAGUCUCUGAGGAAGAAAUGUUAGACAUCUUUGCUUGGUUGACUGAAAAAACUGUGGAACGUCAUGAUAACUAUUGGAGUAUAUAUUUCUCAACAGUUAAAACAUUUUUAUGUAAAUUUCCAAUUCAAGUUAACUCACAAAAAAUAAUCCAAUUUGUUAAAAAUUGUUGGGAAUUUUUAGUCAAUUGCAGAAUAUCUUGUUUUCCAAAAGCUAUAAAAAGUUUUAUUGAAAUGGCUUUUCAUCAUAGUUUGUUAUCAGAGGAAACAUAUGUGACUUUUCUUAAAAAUGAGGUAAAUCUUGUUAAAUUUGUAUCUCAAACAAAUUGAGAUUAAAAUAUUAUAUGGAAUUUUAAAUAUAAUCUAUUUUACAGAUUAUCCAAAAUAUUUUAACUCAAAAAUAUCGUGAUACAUUUAAUGUUUGUUUCUCGCUACUUCUUCUAAAUUUUUUUAAAAAGGAUCAAUUAAAUGUUAUCACCAUUUUAGAAUCAUAUCAAAUAAUAUCUGAAUUUUUUGCUAAAUGUUUAUUAUUUAGUAUUGAUCGAUAUGGUGCAGUUAAGUAUGUUUUUUUAAUACAGUAACAGUGUCUAUUUUUAAGUUGUUUAAUUUUUUUAGAAUUGAAUGGGAUACAUUUGAAUAUAUACAAACAUUGGGAGAUUUACCUUUAAUCAAUAAUAUUUCGUAAGUUUUUAAAUAAUUUAUUACUCAAUUAUAUAUACAAUUAUUCAUUGAAUUUUAUAGAUUCGAGUGUUUGGCCAAUGAUAGAUAUUUACGCUUUAGUACAAUUAAAUUUGUGUAUAAACUAAAUUCUAAUAUUUUGUGGAAAAAUAUAUUAAACUUAAUUGUUAAAACUGAGUCAUCAUUACGAGAUAGAAAAUUUUUUCAUAACUCUAAAGCACAUCGCAUAAAACAAAGAGUAGUUCAAGUUUUGCUCAUUGUUGCUUGUGACAAAAAUCAUGAGGUUUGUACUUAAUUACAUUCUCUAAACUGUAUUUUAAUAUUUAAUUAUUUUAUUUGCAUUUAAUGUAUAUUUAUAUAUAUUUUUAGCCAUUAAUAUUUGAAGAAAAUAUAUAUAAGUGGUUAUUAUCAAGUUUAAAAGAAGUUUCACACAUACAUAGUGUUGCGUAUCAAUUAAUAUGGUUGUUGGUUAUUAUAUAUACUAAGUAUCUUAGUUUUUCUGAUUUUUGUAAUGACUUCAAAAAUGUAAUUACCUAUAAAAUCCUAAAUUAUAAAAAUAAGAUACAAUAUUUUAGUAUUUGUUCUAGGCUAAAGACAAUCAUAAUUAUUUGUGUAGUUUUAUUUCAAUAAUAUAUCACCAACUACGAUUAAAAAACAAAAAAGAAUUUGAAAUUGAAGCUAAAAAGCUUCUUUUACCACUAUGCUUUUCAAAUGGCUAUAAAAUACGACUUUAUGCCCAGGUAAAUAUUUUAUUACAACAGUUAUUUUAAAACUAUUGAACUAUUAUUUAUUAUAUUCAUUAAUUUAAAGAAUUACUUAUUUGACUUAAAUAAUUAUUAAUGGUUCAUUUUAUGUAUUAGACAACAAUAUGUAAAUUAUUUUCUGAUAGUUCUGAAGAAACUAAGUGGCCAUUAUUAUGUGAAGCUAUAAGUAACAUAAUAUCUGAGAAUGAACAAACUAAAAAAUAUGAAAAUCCAUUCCAUGAUUUUUUUUAUCAAAACUUAGAUAUGUUUAAUUCUUUAUCUUUGAAAGUAAUAAUAUUUUAUAAAUUAUCUCUAUUAAUUAUUAUUAUGAAAUAAAUCUAAAUUGAUAAAUUUGUUCUUUAUAGAAUGUAUGUAUAGAAGUACCUAGAUUGUUAAACAUUAUUUAUGAAGAACGUUUUCCAGUAAAUUGGUUUAAUGAUUUCUCUGAGAACAUGAAUAAUAAUGAUAAAUAUGAUUUAUCAUCAUGUUCCGUAUCAUCUUUUAUUAAAAAAAGUACUACAUCAGGUCUGUAUACAUGGUUAAACUUAAAUAAAUAAUAAUUAUGUUUUGAUAAUUUGAAGCUCACAAAUAAUGAAAACAAGAAAAAUUAGGAAUUAAUUUUGUUAGCUUUGUGUUAUUAUUAUAAUUUUAACUGAUUGUUAUCUUUUAUUUGAUGACAAAAUACAUUUUAAUAAACAAUACUGAAUGUAUUAUGAUUUAUCCACAGAAUUGUUCUGUGACUUUACAUUCAUAAAUAAUCAUUGACUAAUGUAAAUAAUAAACUUAAAUUUAUCCUGCACAGUAUUAUUUUAUAAUAAUUCUAACUCUUAUUUAUUUAAUUAUUAUUAAAAUAUUUGUUUAAAAAUUUAUUUUGUGUUUUUUAAUACAAUUAAUGUUUUAUCCAAUAUGGAUUUAAACCUACCAUAAUUGUACCUAUAUAUUAUUUAAGUUUUUUAUGGAUUUUAGUUUUUCUCAAAGCUGUUUUUAUGUGUGUUCAUUUUCAAAACAUGCUACCAAGAAACUAAAGGCUUUAAAUUUUUAAAAUUAUUGCAAUUUAAAAUAAUUAUAUGUUUACAAACCUAAUUUUUCAGUAUUAUCAAAUGCAAUGAAUGUUAUCGAUAAUCCUCAAAAUACCCAGAGAAAAUAUGUUCCAUCUCAACCCAUGAGUGAACGCGUACCUAAUUCAAUGUUAAUAGUUGUUGCCUCUUUGAUAGAUAAAGUAACUAAUUUAGGGGGUUUAGCGAGAACUUGCCAAGUAUUUGGUGCUUCAACUUUAGUAGUUGAUCAUUUAUCAUGCACAGAAAAAAGAGAGUUUACAGCAUUAAGUAUGUCUGCUGAGAAACAUCAAUACAUUAUUGAGGUAUCUAUUCUUAGAUAUUAUUAUUUAUUAUUAUUAUUAUUAUCCUAUAAAAUUAUACCAAAUUUAGGUGAAAAUUAAAAAUUUGAAAUCAUAUUUACAAAAAAAGAAAAAUGAAGGCUAUCAAAUUGUGGCUGCUGAACAAACUGUAGAUAGUGUUAAAUUACAUGGUAUCAAUUUACCAUUCAAAUGUGUUCUUCUUUUAGGGUAAAUACAAUAUAUUUAUAAUUUUACAAUAAUAUUAUAAUAUGUUAAUAGUUAUUAUAGUAAUAUUAAAUUUAAUUUUCAUAAACAUAGAAAUCAGGGUUGGUGUUAGUGAUUUUUUAUGUAUAGGCAAGAUCAUAUUUGGUUGCUUCUAUGCAAUCCAUUAAAAUUUUUGGGAGCUAAAAUUUUUAGUUUUAAAAAUCUUUUUUUAUUACUAAACCUUCAAAUAUUACUUAAUGUUGAGAAAUUCUAUAACUUAAUAACUGAUUCUUAAUUCUAUGAAUAUUUGUAUUAAUUAAAACAACUAAAAAUACAAAAAUUACCUCAUACGUUUUGUAAUACUUGGUAAUUUAUUUUAAAUAUAAUAGAUUCUGCAAUUCGAUAAAAAAAUGUUGCCCUUAUAAAAGUAAUAGCGAUGCCACCGUAGGUCUGAGCUUAUGUCUGAUACCAGUCCUACUAGGAACAAUUUAAGUUUAAUAACCUAAUAAUUUUUUUUUUUUAAUGUUGGUUUUCAAGUGUAUAAUUAGAAUAUAAAAUAAAAACAAAAGUCUGACCGAUAUUCUUUAGAUGUUAUAUGGAAAAAACUUAAAAUAAUUUUGGUUUUACGUAAUGUCCAUUUAUGAAAAAAGAAUGGUAUGGUUUUUGAAUCCAUUAAUUAAAUCAAAAAAAAAUUAUCUAUCAUAAUUAUUUUUAAAGUUAUUGCACAUAAACCAUGAAAAAUACAAAUUUUAGAAUUAAUUUAAAAUACAUUUGAAAAAUAGCUGAAAAUUGAUAUUUUUACUAUGGGUAUUAGUGGUUUGAAAAAUCAAAAUUUGCUGAAGUUCAUUAAUCCGGUUUACCAAAUCUGAAACCUGGAUUUUGGAAUAUAAUAUGUCUGUUUAUAGAAUUUUUAGUAUAGAUUCUCAUUUGAAAAAUCAAUAAAUUUGAUAUUAAUACAGGAUACUGCUUAAAUAUUGUGAAAAAUAUUGGUUUUAACUAAACUUAAAAAUUCUAAAAUCAGAAUUUGAAUAGAAUAUGCAAAAUGUAACCAAAGAAAUGGGCUGAGCAUGCUUAGCGAAGCACCCCGUAUAUAUUGAUGACAAAGCUCUUAUUGAAGUUUUAGAGUGUGAUUGUUGGGAAUGGCUCACUCGCCUUUUUAAGUGCAGCUAUGUGGUUUUCUUAACAUACCUACCCUCAACCUAAAAAGUGAAUAUUAUCCUAAUUGUAAAUCUAAAUCUUGGUAUAUCACACCACUAGCGAAUCUUGGAAUUUAAGCGUUAUUAUGUACGAGUGAAAAAUAUUAAAAGUAUCAAUUUUUUGCUAUUUUUCAAAUAAAUUUUAGAUUAAUUUCAAAAAUGUUAUUUUUUAAGGUUCAUAUAUUAAAAAUAAAAUGAAUAUACUUCCCAUGAUAGGUGGGCCACUGUUGUUGGCGAAAAGUUUGUAAAGUAGGAUGUAGAGAAUAAUUCAAUGUAUUUUGGUAUGCAAUAAUUAAUCAUUACUAAUCAAAAGCGAUUCUGAGCAGAGUUUGGUUAUACAUGUUUUAAAAGACCCUAAUAUUUACGGUUUUCUUCAAAAUUUGAUAUUAAAAUUCUUAUAAAAAAAAAAACUACAUUAAAACUUUUUCUUAUUAACUAGUGGUUAACUAGAAAUCCACUUAUGGAAUAAAUAUUACACCAAGAAGCUCAAAAUUAAAACGUCCAUAAAUAACUCAAAAAUGGGUCAAUGGUUUUGAAAAUUGUACAUCUAUAAAAGACAAAUAUAAUGUUUCUUUCCUCAUUUCUGAUCUCGUCAAUAUUUUUAACAGAACUACAAAAAAAAAAAAAAAUUAUAAAUAAUAAAAGCAAUUAUUUUCAUAAAUUUUCCAAUUUUUUCUACAUUAUAUCCUGGUUUUUCCCAAUUUUUUUUGUAAACUUUUUGAAAAAUCAAAUAAUGACCUUUAAGUUUACGUUUAUUGGUUAAUUGGUAAAGUACCAACUAGAAAAUUUCCUUUGAGAAAAGAUGCUACACUUUAAAAUUAGAGCAAGAUUUCUGGUAGAAUUUGCUUAUACUACACACCAUUGUAAAGCCAAUACAUUUCUUGAUUCGCUCAGAAUGUAGGUCUCAACGGUUAAUUUUUUUCAACUUAAUUUACUGUCUAAACAUAAUAUUAAUAUUUUUAUUUCAGUAAUGAAACAUCUGGUAUUCCACACGAUUUAUUAUCUAUUAUGGACACAUGUGUAGAAAUAGAGCAGUUGGGUAUUGUCAGAUCAUUAAAUGUGCAUGUAGCUGGAUCAUUAUUUAUUUGGGAAUACACCAAACAACACUGUAUCAAAAUGUCUAAUUAA